AGUUGCAUUCAAGUGUUGAUUUCCAUCUGAACUGGUCAAUAACUUGGCGCUAAAGUGUUAUAGUUACUACAAAUUGUACUAAAAAAAUGUGGCUAAAAGAAAAUAAUAAAAAUGCAAUUUUCAUUUUCAUUUUUAUAUUCGGAAUAUUAGUUGUAUUCUUCGGUCAACAAAUUGAGGGUUGCUAUUCUGGACAAUAUUGUUUUACACCACGCAAUUACAGCGGCCGCUUUGUAGACGAAGAACUUUAUAAUGCAUUCAACGAAACAGUAAGAGGACUCUGUGAUGGUUUUUGCCAUCAUAACAGUACAUUGCGAUUGCGCUGCUGUGCCUACGCGGCUAAAGUAGAUUCAGAUAGGAUAUCUGAGCAAGUCUGCAGAUACAAUCAUUUAAAGCGUGGUUUCAUCAUACAUGGAAAAUUAGCUAAGGAUAACGAAUUUCCGUUUAUGGCUGCUCUAGGAUGGCGCAUUAAAGACGAUUCCACAGGGAACUCAACAAUAGUUUACAAAUGUGGUGGCACUAUAUACGAUCGUGGCUAUGUGAUUACGGCGGCACAUUGUCUAUAUCAUUCAGCCGAUCUGCCCGUCGUUGUGCGACCUGGUGGGUUCGCCUUAAAUGACACUGAAGCAUGGGACCUGGAAGUUGAAGAUGUCAUAGAGCAUCCCAACUAUGAAUAUCCAUCUGUUUACAAUGAUAUUGCUGUUAUACGCUUGAAGACAAUAUUUAAUGGCAAUCCCUUCCAUGAUGCACCAGCAUGUCUUUGGGCAAAGCCAAGCUUGGAAGAAAAUGUUACAGCAAUCGGUUAUGGAGACACACAAUUUGGCGGCGUCUCCUCACCACUAUUAUUAAAGACCAAUUUAACAACAAUCAACAAUCGUGAGUGUGAAUCGUUUUAUGACCCGGAUAGUGGUGCUCUAACUGAAGGAAUUAGAUCGACUCAGAUAUGCGCAAUGGAUCCCGAGAAACUGCGUGACACUUGCCAAGGCGACUCUGGCGGUCCGAUUAUAAAGUUUGUGCAAAUGGAGGGCCUUAAUUUAAUGUCUUAUUUGGUUGGCGUAACAUCAUUUGGCAUCGGUUGUGGCACUGGCACUCCAAGUGUUUAUACGCGCAUAUCUGAAUAUAUUGAUUGGAUUGAGGAGGUCACUUAUGGAACUGUGGCGAGCUGAAUAUGUACAUAUGUAUAUACUUCUACUGACGAAAGACAAAAUAAAGUCACAUUUAAUGGACAACAACAGUGUUGAUAAAAAAUAU